CCCAAAGUCAAUCUACGUUCCACUGCUGUGAAAAGGAUAAUGCAAGAAGCUCAAGAAUUGGCCAUUCCGGAUGAAGAUGAUGGUUUUGUUGCUUCUCCCUUAGAGGACGAUAUAUUCGAAUGGCACUGUACGAUGCGUGGUGUUUCCAAUAGCGAAUAUGACGGGGGUCUCUAUCAUCUGAGAAUAUUACUACCACCUAGUUAUCCAAUGUCAGCGCCGGAUAUCAUACUUAUGACUCCUAAUGGGCGGUUCGAGCUGGGGAAGAAGAUUUGCAUAGACGGUUUGACUUCUUUUCAUUCUGGUUCUUGGCAACCAGCAUGGGGAGUACGUACAGCAAUCCUAGGCUUACGGAGUUUCUGGAUGCAAGCCGGUGAAGCAUUAUCUGCCAUUGGAGCACUUGAUUAUUCCAAAGAUGAACGAAAACGUUUAGCCAAAUUAUCGGGAGAAUGGACUUGUCCCGUUUGUCGAGUGAAGAAUAAAGACCUUUUG